UCUUUUUUUUUCUCUUGUCAAAAUCGAAAGUUUGAGUUGGUGAUGUGUACUUUAAAAUAAAAAUCAACUUUUUAAAAUCUUCUUUUUCCAUUAAAAAUUACCGAAAAUAAUUAAAAAAUAAUCUUCGGUAAUAUACCCAUUCCAGACAUAUAAAUAUUCAACCAUGAAUUAUAAUCCAAAUCCUGCUGCUGUACGACAGCGUAAGUUUGAAAAUUAUCAAGGUCCAAGGAAACCCCAACGAGUUAGCGAUAUAAGUGCAUUGGGACCGGCUCCCGUUGUCACUCCACAACAACAACAAUACAAUCCACAAAUUGAUCCAAUAAUGGUGCCGCAAAAUAUUCCAUAUGUCGCCGGCACUCAACAAGCUUACAAUAAUGGUUCAUCAACAAUUAAUCAAGAUUUUCAAUAUACAACAAUUCCACAACAACCAUCACAACAACAACAACAAAAUUAUCCAUCUUAUCCAAGUAUACCUCCACAGCAGCAGCAGCAGCAGCAACAAGCUGGGAAUUUACCCAAUGCCCCUCAAAUGCCACAACAAUUUGCCAUGUUUCAACAGCCAAUGGUUCAAGAUAUGGCAAUGCAAUAUGGACAGCGUUUAGCUGAUCAAGGCAAACAAAUGGUCGAGAGUCAAUUUGAAAAAUAUGUUCCAGUGGCAAAGCUUAAAUACUAUUUUGCUGUGGACAACAAUUACGUGAUUAAUAAGUUGCGAUUAUUGUUUUUUCCAUUCACGCACAAGGACUGGUCUUUAAAGUAUGAUCAGGACAACCCCGUGCAACCACGAUAUGAUAUUAACGCACCGGAUCUCUACAUACCCACUAUGGCAUUCAUAACGUACGUAGUGGCAGCCGGUCUCAUGCUUGGUAUGCAGAAUCGAUUUUCACCUGAACAACUUGGAAUUCAAGCAUCAAGUGCUUUGGCCUACAGCAUCUUUGAAUUAGUUGUCUACUCAAUAACUCUCUAUGUUGUCAACAUUAAAACAAGUCUAAAAACAUUGGAUUUACUUGCAUUUUCUGGAUACAAGUUUGUUAUUAUUGUUGCAUGCUUACUGACAAGUACCAUCUUUCACAGUCUUGGAUAUUACUUGGCAUUGAUAUACUCCAGUCUAACGCUUGGUUUCUUUUUGUUGAGAACACUUAAAACAAAAGUUUUGCUCGAAACUACAGCCGGUGCUUCCGAUGGCCCAAUUAACUACGAUCCUUAUGGAAAUCCACAACAACUGGAUUAUACUGGAGACAGGAAAAGAAAGUUGUACUUUUUGUUUUUAGUUGUUGGAGGCCAAGCUUUUCUAUCGUUUUUAUUAUCCAAACAUUUAUUUCUACGAGAACCAACGACACCAAGUGUCGGUGAAUUAACUUUGUAAUUUUUUUUUUUUUAUUAAUUUUUUUUCAAAAAUAUUUCUUUUUGUUGAAUAAUUAUGUCGAAGGAAAAGUGUAAAUUUUUGGUAGUUUAUUAUUGCACAUGUGCCCUUUGAUCAGAAAAAAGAAAUGAUUUUUUUAAAGAAAAAUAUAAACAUCAAGUAACACAACAAAUAUUUAAUGUUUGAAGUAAAAUUAUUUUUUUAUAUUUGUAAACCAGAUGAAUACAUUUAUAUAUAAAAUACAUAUAUCCAACGAACUUAUUCCGCUCCAAUCGGUAAUCUCAUUUGAAA